GUCGUUCCCGUUGUUGGAGAAAUUACUGCGGGGCCGCCGUCCCUGUGCUGGGGGCCCGAGGCGCCCUCUCUUCCCGGCGCCACGCUCCCUCGGUUGCUGUACCGAAAUAACAUUUCAUUUCGGGAAUAAAUUUUUGGAAAGCUUCGGUUGUUGGAGAAUGCAGAAUGUUGCAGAUGUGGGAAGAUAAAUGAAGGGGUCUAGAAGCAAGGGGAAAGGAGAAUUACCAUCACUAAGGGCUGGUUGUAACUCAAGUUGGUCAUGCUCUACACAGACUUCCAAGGCUCUCCCCUGUAUACAGGCAGAUCUCAGUGUCCUUAGAGAGACUCUGACCCAGGAUUUCUCAAUUAACUCCACCCAGGAAAGGGUGUUGUAAUGUUCCUUCCAUAACUCUUGAAAGGUUAAAUAUGUAUCUGCGACCAUCUGGGAACACAAGUGGCUGACAUUUGGGUCAUAACUCAAGACUUUGGUUGACUGAACAUAAAGUGAAGUUACUUUCAGAUUUAAAAGACUAUUAAGAACACAAGAUGGGGACUCCAGGUUCUGGAAGAAAAAGAACACCUGUGAAAGAUCGAUUUUCUGCAGAAGAUGAAGCUUUGAGUAACAUUGCCAGAGAGGCAGAGGCAAGACUGGCAGCAAAACGUGCUGCUCGGGCAGAAGCAAGAGAUAUACGCAUGAGAGAACUGGAGAGACAACAAAAAGAGGAAGAUUCAGAAAGGGCCAGGUAUUCCCACCGGUCCAGUCAUCAUCGUCCUUAUCUGGAAGUUGAGAAUACAUUGUCCCUUCGAAGUCUUGGAACUCACAGGAAUCAUUCUCAUAGUCAGUCUUACGGAAUGAAGAAGAGAUCUUCUGGUUCUCAUAAAGACCCACUGAGUGGCCUCUACUUUGAUAAGAGGAACUAUAGCAGUCUUAGACAUAGCAAACCUACAUCUGCAUACUGCAUUCGGCAGUCUUCUUCCUUCUACAGUGACCAUUUGACACCAUCUAAGAGCAACAGGGUUUCUCCUACUGCAAAUUUUGGUCUGCUGAGAAGUACUAGUCUGGUAUCAUUAUACAGUGGUGGAUUAUAUAAUGCUUAUGGUUCCCGAACUCCAUCUGAAUACAGUUGUUACUCAUCGAGAACAAGUUCAGCCCGAAGCAGUCCUGUGUUUAUCAGCGAUGACAACGUGAGCAUUGUUUCUUCUGAUCAUGCCAGUCAUGGGCGAAGGGAGAGUGUGGUGAGCAUGGUUUCCGCCGCUGAUUAUUUCAGUCGCACCAGUCGUAGGGGAAGCAUCGUCUCUGAUGUGGAUGACGUCAGUAUCCCAGAUCUGACCAGUUUGGAUGAAAAAUCUGACAAACAAUAUGCUGAAAAUUAUACGAGGCCUUCAUCUCGAAAUUCUGCUUCAGCAACAACUCCUCUGAGUGGAAACUCAUCCAGACGAGGAAGUGGGGACACCAGCAGCUUAAUAGAUCCAGAUACCUCACUGAGUGAAUUGCGGGAUAUCUAUGACCUUAAGGACCAGAUACAGGAUGUAGAAGGGAGAUACAUGCAGGGACUUAAAGAACUAAAGGAGUCUUUGUUUGAAGUGGAAGAGAAAUACAAGAAAGCCAUGGUUUCUAAUGCACAAUUAGACAAUGAGAAGAACAACUUGAUAUACCAGGUAGAUACCCUCAAGGAUGUAAUUGAAGAACAGGAGGAACAGAUGGCAGAAUUUUAUAGAGAAAAUGAAGAAAAAUCAAAGGAGUUGGAAAGGCAGAAACAUAUGUGUAGUGUGCUGCAGCGUAAGAUGGAUGAACUUAAAGAAGGCCUUCGGCAAAGAGACGAGCUUAUUGAGGAGAAUCAGCGUAUGCAGCAGAAAAUAGACACCAUGACAAAAGAGGUGUUUGACCUCCAGGAGACACUUCUUUGGAAAGAUAAAAAAAUUGGGGCCCUAGAGAAACAGAAAGAAUACAUUGCCUGCCUUAGGAAUGAGCGAGAUAUGCUCAGAGAGGAACUGGCUGAUCUGCAGGAGACAGUGAAGACAGGAGAGAAACAUGGCUUAGUUAUAAUCCCUGAUGGCACUCCCAAUGGUGAUGUCAGUCAUGAACCAGUGGUUGGAGCCAUUACUGUUGUGUCUCAGGAAGCUGCUCAGGUCUUGGAGUCAGCAGGAGAAGGGCCAUUAGAUGUAAGGCUACGAAAACUUGCUGGAGAAAAGGAAGAGCUAUUAUCACAGAUUAGAAAGCUGAAGUUGCAGUUAGAAGAAGAACGGCAAAAGUGCUCCAGGAACGAUGGCACAGAAGGUGACCUGGCAGGACUGCAGAAUGGCUCAGACUUGCAGUUCAUCGAAAUGCAGAGAGAUGCCAACAGGCAAAUAAGUGAAUACAAAUUUAAGCUUUCAAAAGCAGAGCAGGAUAUAACUACCUUGGAGCAAAGUAUUAGUCGGCUUGAGGGACAGGUGCUGAGAUAUAAAACUGCUGCUGAGAAUGCUGAGAAAGUUGAAGAUGAACUGAAAGCAGAAAAGAGGAAGCUACAGCGAGAGUUAAGAACAGCACUGGACAAAAUUGAAGAGAUGGAAAUGACCAACAGCCACCUAGCCAAGCGGCUAGAGAAGAUGAAGGCCAAUAGGACAGCACUUCUGGCCCAGCAGUAGGGGUCGCUCUUUGGCCUGUGUGCAGCUCCUUGGGGCCCGGCUCAGUGGGACUGACUCUUUUUGUAUAUUGACACAAACCCCUUUCAGUACUGUUUGAGUUUUGUCAUUAAAACAGGCACCUUUGUAUUUUAUAAUUUAUGAGAAUGAAGCAGGUUUGAAUCUUCAUGAAUGAACACUUUGUAUUUUGUUGUUUUAUUUUAGACUAGGAACUGGUCCAUGCUGUUUUUAUUUUUAAUUUCCAUAAUUUUAGAAUCAGGUUUACUCAGCAUUUUUCCCCAGCUGCCUCAGCGAUUGGGCACUCAGAGGCCUUGGCUGGGGUCUGGAGGACAGCAAUUCUGAGUGCUCACUGAGGCACUUGCUGGAGACCUCAGAAAACACAAGUGCCUUCUGCACAGUGCAGUGCAGACUUCAGUGACCUCCAGUGGGCAAAAGACAUUUACCCUUCCUAUCAGCAUUUAUACUUUAGUGAAGAAAACAACUUCACAGGUGGAGAAUCUGUAUUUCACUAAAAUUGUUUGGAGAGAAAAACCCUUUUUUUUGUAAAAUAUUUAAAUUUAUAUAAAAAAAUGUUAGGAGAAUACAUGGGCAGUGUAUAUAAAACUUGCUUCACUGCAUGGGCCAGGGAAGUCCAAGACUAAAGCAAAAGUCCGGUCCUUAGUCUUCCAUAUCCACUGUGCUGUACCUUGUAAAGUAUUUUCAUCUGCUGCUUAUUUGUGAAAUGAAACCUCAGACAUCUUAGGGCCCUAAGGUGGAGGGAGGGGCAGGGUAGGCAGGUAGGAAAUCUGCCUGAAGAUUCUAUUAAACACACACUUUUGCCAACCAUGAUUGGCUGCUGACACAUUUAUUUUGAUACAGAAACCUUUAAAAGCAAAUCAUAGCAACUAUAUCCCUCCUUUCUUGCUGCUCUUCUUUUCUCUCUGAACAAAAAAUAACCUGGAAUAUAGAACUUUUUCCUCUAAGAACUUUUAAUUUCAUCUAAAGGCACCCAACCUGAAGUUUGUUUUGUUUUUGAUCAAGUUACAAGUAUAUUCACUUUGCAGGGUUUGUGAUGUUCUUUUACUGUCAGAAUCAAGGUGGUUUUAUGGAAAUGAUUAUGUAGCUUCAAAUGCUUACACAGAAAAUAUACUGGGGCAAACUUUAAUGAAUUAAGGACAUUUAAGAUAAUAAAACUAGACUUGAAACUAGAUAAUAAACUCAAAAGUGAAUAAAACCUUCAAUAAUCGUUCCCUUCUUUAGAGUAAUACUACCCCUUCCCUUUAAAGAUACGGAAACCAAUCUCCUCAAGUGAACUGACUUCCUGAAAAUUUCCUGAUGUGACAACAGUUGUGUGGCUGGUGGUGGGUGAGAGGAUGUUUUGAAAUGAAGAUUUUUAGCUUCCUAUCCCCUAAGUGGAACACAGUGUGUUCUAGCUCUUCCCCGGGGCAACCAGACUCCCUCUCCACUUAGACACUUUGGCUGUGUACCUCCUGGGCUCAUGGAGCCUCCUUUCUGACAUGCCCCAGUCUGCUGUUUGGAGUUUUAACUGCUAGAAACUGAUCUUGCCUUUUUUAUAGCAUGACAAAUACGCUGCUUCUAUUCUGUUGUCUGUCCUUUUCAUAUGAAAUGGCUUCAUUCGUAUUGUUCUUUUCUACAGAACUUUAUUCAUUGAGUCCUCUUACAGUGGUACCUUGGUUCAUGAACUAGUUGUGAACCAAAUUGGAUAAGAACUGAAUCAGAUUUCCCUACAAGGUCAACACUGAUCCUAAUUACUGAAUCUGAUUCAGUUUUCAUCCAAUUCGGUUUUCAACUAAAUUGUGGAAAGAAUUAAGUUCAUGAACUGAACUAUACUUGGAUUUUACCUUAAAACUAUAGGCAAUCUUCCUCCCUGUGCUUUAAGCAUCUAUCAAUGUAGGUUAUUAUUAAGGUGGCAUAUUUUGGGGCUAAAUAGUUUAAAAUCGAUAUUGUAAUAUUAUUCUUCAAAGAAGAAUGCCUAGAAACUUACGUGGCUAGUAGUCAUGGCCAUUAA